AUGGUCGAGUCCACCAUUCGUGCCGAAACCACCGACAGGAUGCACGCGGCAGCAUACGAAUGGCUCGAAGCCUCAUCAGAAGUGACCAGAUUCAUCAUCAUUGUCCAGGGUUUUCAGGUGAAGAUAAUAUUGCCGUUGGUCAAGGUCAGGCCAGACCCAGAACCCAGACCCGGCCAGUCCAGGCUCCCCGAAAAGUUGGGAACUGCCGGGUAA